AUGGUCGAGGAAGACAAGAUGGCCAAGGCCCGCGUGAAUGCCAGGAACGAGCUGGAGCGUUACAUCUAUGGCAUCAGGAAUGCCAUCUGCAGAAUCGCCGAUGAAGGCAGCAUGGAAAUGGUGGAGAGUGCCGUGGGAGAAGCUUCUCGCUGGUACGGUGAGAAUCAAGGCGCGAGCAAGGUGGAUCAUGAGAAGAUGCUGAAGAAACUGGAAGAUGUUUGGAAUCCUAUUGUUAACAGACUUUACCACGGAGCAUAG